AUGCCGCUGCCGCCGCUUCUCCUCCUCAUCGUCGUCCUCCUGGCCGUGGCUAGCAUGGCGCCGGCGAGGACGCCGGCGUUCGACCAGAACUACGUGCCAGCGUGGGGCGCAGAUGACUUUCACCUGGUAAACCAGGGGACCAAGAUCCGUCUGGCCAUGGACAAGAACUCGGGCGCUGGGUUUGCGUCCAAGUUGUCGUACGGUUCAGGGUUCUUCCGCAUGAGGAUCAAGGUCCCCGGAGGGUACACAGCCGGAGUUGUCACAGCUUUCUACCUGACGUCGGAGCCUGAUAGCGGCAACCACGAUGAGGUGGACUUCGAGUUCCUAGGCAACGUGGACGGCAAACCCAUCACCCUCCAGACCAACGUCUUCGUCAACGGCCACGGCCGCAGGGAGCAGAGCCUGCACCUGUGGUUCAAUCCAGCAGCCAACUUCCACGACUACAAGAUCCUCUGGAACCCUUACCAGCUCGUGAUCUUCGUGGACGAAAGGCCGAUACGGGUGCUGAGGAACCUGACGGGGAGCGUGCCGGGGUACGAGUUCCCUGCGAAGCCGAUGCGCGUCCGGGCGAGCCUGUGGGACGGCUCCGCCUGGGCGACGGACGGCGGGAAGACCAAGAUCGACUGGAACCGCGCGCCUUUCACUGCGGGGUUCCAGGGGUUCAGCAUCCACGCCUGCGGCAGCAACAGCUCGACGCCAUGCAACUCGCCGGACCGGCGGUGGAAUAGAAACAAGUACAGGAGUCUGACCGCCGAGCAGCGGGCGGCCUACCAGAACGUCCAGAAGAUGUACAUGAUCUACGACUAUUGUGCCGACAAGAAGGAGCGGUUCAAGAACGGCACGGUACCGGCUGAGUGCAGUUACAACUAG